AUGCCUGGAAAGAAGUGGGACGAGGAAGAGUCUGAGGCUUCCGCCCCCGGCUCCCCCGUUCUCGCCCCCGGCCGCCGCCGCUUCGACGAUGAGGAGGGUAACGAGAGCGACGUUCUCGACUCCUGGGACGCCGCCGAGGACUCUGAGGUAGAGCGCGAGAAGGCGAAGAAGGCUGCCGAGGCCAAGGCCAAGGCUGAGGCCGAAGCCGCCGCUAACAAGAAAUCCAAGGCCCAGCGCAUCGCCGAGCGCCAGGCCGAGCGCGCCCGCCAACUGGCCGAGGAUUCGGACUUUGAGGAGGAGACCGAGGCCGAGCGCCGCGAGCGCCUCCGCCGCGAGCAGAAGGAGUCGGACCUUAAGCACGCCGAGGACCUGUUCGCCGGCAUCGGCAUCAGCAACGACCGCAAGGUCGUCACCAAGGGCACCAUUGUGCAGAUUGACCCCAAGGACCCCAACAACACCAUCGACAUCUCGACCCUGGCCUUGUUCAACCCCACCACCAAGACCCAGUUCGAGACCCUCCGCACCACCCUCGGCCCCAUGAUCGAGAGGCUCUCGCCCAAGCCGCACUACACCCUCUUCCUCCAGGAGUUCGCCAAGCAGCUCGCCAAGGACCUCAAGAGCGACGAGAUCAAGAAGAUUGCCAGCUCCCUGACGGCUCUCAGCAACGAGAAGCUCAAGGAGGAGAAGGCUGCCGAGAAGGGCGGCAAGAAGAGCAAGGCUGCCAAGACCAAGACCUCGCUCGCUGGUGUUGGCCGUGGCGGUGCCAUUGCCGAGGCUCACGAUACCUACGAGGAUGAUGGUUUCGGAGAUGAUGACUUUAUGUGA